AUGCCUGUAGAAAUUCCUCGACAAUUAGAGGAAAAACAACAUCAACAAACACAUUUUGGUCUACUCUCUACAAUAUCACCAGAAUAUGAUUCAGCUGCUUCUGCCCCAAGUGUUGGGCAAGGAGAGAUUAUUAAUUACUGCGGGUCAACAUCUUCAUUAACUGGACAGGAAGAUCAAUUAUCAAAUAAAAAAGAAGAAUUACUAACUUCUUCCUUUUCUGGCCAUCAUUUUACUUCAACAGACCGCCAAUUAUUUUCCCAAGCAGUGAUGAAUUUUUGUUCUCAAGAUUUGUUAAAAUGGGAAAUUGUUGAAGGGGAAGGGUUUCAAAAUUUGGUUGAAACUUUAAUUUUUAUUGGACGUCGAUCGUCUACGGGUAUUUCUUCUUCUUCAACAACAAUUAAACAACAAUUUGAUCCAAUAAAAAGGCAAUUAAUUCAAACAGGAAAUCAAAUGAAAAAAAUAUUUUUAUCCCAAGAAAAGGCUAUUUUUCAAUCAACCAAAAAUGACCUUGAACAAAUUAAAAAUGUUGGAAUUUCAUUAAAUUGUCAUCAAAUAGAAUUUGGAGGGGAAAUACAAUUAGUUAUUUCAAUUAAUUAUAUAACUGAUGAUUGGAGAAUUACUCAGAGAAUUCUUAAAGUUCAAAGUUUAAAAGAAUUAAAAAUUAAUUAUUGUAACAAUCACCAACACCAACAAACAACAUCAACAAUAACAUUUCAAAUAUUUAGUCAAUUUAUUUUGGAUAUUUUAAAAGAAUUUAAAUUAGAUAAAAGUCCUUUAAUAACAAUUACAAUUGAAGAAAAUAUUAAAAUAUUUGAAGAGGAGGAAGAGGAAGAGAAAGAAAUAAUUAAAACAAAAUUAUUAAAUAAUUUUUCUUCAAAAAAUAUAACUCUUCCAAAUUUAUUUUUUAAUUUAAAAGAAGAAUUAAAUAAUAUUUUAAUUAAAUGUUUAAAUAAUCAACAAUUAAUUAUUAAAUUAAUUAAUUUAUUUAUUCGAAUAAUUGAAGUUUUGGCUAAAUCAGAUUUUGGGUGUGGACAGUUUUUGGAAUUAGAAAAUUUGGAAAAACAAAUAAAGCAACAAACAACUAAAACAAAAUUUGAUUUUACAAAUAUUAUUUACCCUUCAAUAAAAUUUAUUCGAGAGCAUUGUUCUGAUAUUUUAACAUUUUUGGAGGAAGAAAAAAUUGAAAAUGAAGAGGAAGGAGGAGGAGAAAAAGAGGAAAAUAUAAAUUUAUUUAAAGAAUUGAGUGAAAUUAAUUGGCAAAUAAUUUAUGAAUUGGAAACUUUUUUGGAACCUUUUUAUGAAACUUCUCAAAUAUUUUUAGAUUUAAAUAAACCACAUUUCCAUAAGAUUUUGCCUGAAUUGUUUGCUUUAAUACAUGAAUGUCAACAAUUAACAAUUAAAGAAGAAGAAAAAGAAGAAGGAAUAUUUUGUUUAUCUUCUGUUCGCCUUUCUGCUACUUUAUAUUUAAAAGAAUGGGCAAAUAAAAAUAUUUGUUUGGAACAUCGAGUUGCGACAGCAUUAAAUCCUCGUCUUCGUCAUUUACCCUUAAUUUGUUCAGAUUCUGAGCGUUUGUCUGUUUAUGAAAAAAUUCGAGAAAUGGCUAAUUUAGACAAAAAACCGAAAGAAUCUAUAAAAAGUUUUUUUAAUAAAAAUAUAAUAAAAUUAUUUAUUUUAUUUAAAGAAGAAGAAGAACACCACCAUCAACAACCUUUUUGUAAAAGACGGCGAUUUUUGGAUCAGUUAGAGGGUUGUUCUUUACAAGAAGUGAAAGAAGAAGAUGAAUUAGAUUGUUAUUUAAAAGCAACAUUUACAUCUUCACAAACUAGGUAA